GCAGUUAUUCGUGGAGAUCACCAUUAUCCUGAAUUAUUUGUUUAUUUAGCUACGAAUUUGUAUUGCAGAUUCGGAUUGUAUAUGACAUACAAAGUGGUCAAAGUUUUGCAGCAUCUUCUUUAAUAGGUUUUAUUGUCGUCGACGUCUAGCCUGCCUCAUAGGUAAUACCAUGUUGGGAGAAAAGGCACAAGGCGUUCCAUUGAUGGUAGGCGUAAUGGACUACAACUAUGAUGAAGAUCUGGAAGAAUUGUGUCCUGUUUGUGGAGAUAAGGUCUCAGGAUACCACUAUGGACUCCUUACAUGUGAAAGUUGUAAGGGCUUCUUCAAGAGGACAGUCCAAAACAAGAAGAGGUAUACUUGUGCAGAAAACCAGGAGUGUAAAAUAGACAAAACACAGCGGAAGAGAUGCCCCUGCUGCCGAUUCCAGAAAUGCCUCGAUGUUGGCAUGAGAUUAGAAGCUGUGCGUGCAGACCGCAUGCGUGGGGGCAGGAAUAAGUUUGGCCCCAUGUACAAGCGGGACAGAGCCAUGAAGCAACAGAAGAAGGCUUUGAUCCGUUCCACGGGCUUCAAGCUGGAGUCUGCUCCUCCACAGCUCUCCCCUGUACAGACUAACUAUGGCUUCACUGGCACCCUGCACAGUCUCCCAUCUGUCCCCAAAGGCCUCAUGCCCUCCAUCCCAGCCUCCAUCACCCCCACAGACUAUGAGGCCAGCCUCUACGGACCCUCCUCCCUGGGGGUGGCCAUGCAGCCCCAUGGACCCCUGCCUACCCAGUACAUGUGCACAGCAUUCCCCAGCAGGGCCAUCAAGUCUGAGUACUCUGACCAUCACACAAGCUCCCCAGAGUCUCUGGUGGGGUACCCCUUUCCGGAUGUGUACCCUUCCGGAGGCUCCCCACAGCCUCCCCCCCUCUCCCCCCUGGUGCUAGAGCUGCUGCGCUGCGACCCAGACGAGAUGCAGGUGCAGAGUAAGAUCAUGGCCUUCUUGCAGCAGGAGCAGAGUGGCCGGGGCCGGCAGGACAGGCUCAGCACCUUCAGCCUCAUGUGUCGCAUGGCCGACCAGACUCUGUUCUCCAUAGUGGAGUGGGCCAGGAGCUGCAUCUUCUUCAAGGAGCUCAAGGUGGGGGACCAGAUGAAGCUUCUUCACAACUGCUGGUCUGAGCUGCUGGUCCUGGACCAUGUCUUCAGACAAGUGCAACAUGGGAAGGAGAGCAGCCUGCUGCUGGUUACUGGCCAGGAGAUGGAUCUGUCAUCCGUGGGGUCACAGGCGGGCUUGAGUCUGUCAGGCCUGGUCCAGAGAGGACAGGAGCUGGCUGGGAGGCUACUAGCCCUGCAGGUAGACAGGAGAGAGGUUGCCUGCCUCAAGUUCCUCCUCCUCUUCAAUCCCAAUGUGAAGCUGUUGGAGAACCAGGUGUUUGUGGAGAGUGUUCAGGAGCAGGUGAAUGGGGCUCUGCUGGAGUACACUGUGUGCACCUACCCCCUGUAUCUGGACAAGUUCAGCCAGCUGGUGCUGCAUCUGCCAGAGCUGCGUGCCCUCAGCACCCAGGCAGAGGACUACCUGUGCUACAAACACCUGAGUGGGGAGGUGCCCUGCAACAACCUGCUCAUUGAGAUGCUGCAUGCCAAGAAGGCCUGUAUAUGAGCACCACGCUACCAUCACUAUACACCAGCAGACUGUCUGUGGGACCGAUGGUGUCGAAGCAAAGAGGGGAUUUAUGAUUACAGCUAGGAGAAGAUGAGUUGUGUGUUUGUGUGUGUGCUUCCGUGCAUGCGUGAGUAUCCCCUCUGUCCAAGGUGUGUGUAAACAGAAUAUUGACUCAUUGUUUUGGCAGUCCUUUAAAUGUACAUAGUUAUAAAAUGUACAAAGAAAGCUAUGCUAUGAUACUGUAUGUAGUAAAUGUAACAUUUUGUUGAAUUCAGCAGAGUGAGGUCUUAUAUCAGCGUUAUAUCAGAGUUAUAGGGCCUCUUUCAGAUGAAAGAGGCCCUAUAACACGCCAUUAAGACAUGUCUUAGCCUUUCAAAUAUAGUGGAAGCACUACAUUUAUUUGAGCACUUGUUCCUUUGUACAUUGUCACCAACUUUACCAAAAAAUGUGGUAUGUGAAAAAUAUGUUAUGUUCAAUAUAGUUUUUUUCUAUUAGAUAUUGAUAUUCUAAUAUAUGAACUACACAUAUGUUUAAAGAAUUAAAUCUGCAUACUCAUAUUACGUUUAAUGACUAUCUGUUACCCCAAUGAGAGAUCGACUUAAAGUGAUAGAAAGAGAGUGAUACAGAGGAGAGAGAGGGAGGGGGUAGAUAUGGCGUAAGAGAGAGGGAGGGAGAGAGCCCUGAAUGUGGCGCUGAUGUGUGGGAGAGAAUGAAAGACAUCUUUGGCUGCAGUCGUCUCUUAUUAGCAGAUUAAUGGAGGACGGCCCCAGAAAGAGACACCCACGUGUGUGGACAGAAAAAUGAACAACAAAGAAAGCAAUCUCUUAUUAAGUAGAUGUGUUAAAAAUGAAUGUUCUUGGUAAGCUUAACUGUAUAAGUCCUCUAGCUUCUUCUGUCCACCCGGACUACAGAGCCAGGUCAAGGAUAGGGGGUCGUGCACUGUGGAUGUGCUCCAGACAUUUUGUACUCGCAGAAUGAAGGAAAACAUGCAAUUGGCAAUGUAUGGAAUGGUUGCUUUUCAAGCUAAAUUUGAAAGAGAUCUAGGGAAAUCCAGUUGGAUUCAAGUGUAGAGAGUAAAUAGACUUAUCGUACUUGAGAAAUGGCAGGAAAAUUGUCAGAUGAAGCACAAAACAUAGAGUAUCAGGACGGCAAGGAAUGAAAUCAACAUCAAUAACAUGUAACACCCACAUAUCCUUUUGCGUAAUUCCAGCACAUAGCACACAUGAAGCAACAUGUUUGAAUUGUCUCUCGCAUACAGACAUGGCAGGGUUGGCUCUUUUAACUUCUUGGAGACAAUCAGAACACCUGCCUUAAGAUAACCCUGGCCUGUCUGUCUGAAUAUAUUGACCUUUUUCUAACUGAAAUGACUGUCAUCUGUACCUCUUUGUACAGUGCAUUUAUAUUGUGAAGCAGGAAAAGAAACGCCACAGUGAGGAAUACAUAAGCUCAGAUGUUUCACCACACAUACUUUUCUAUUUCUUAAUGUGUAAUUGGUUCUCUGUAUGUUGCUUUUGCUUCUGUUGAGUUUCACCUUAUUCUGUGCAGUCCCAGUCUUGGAUGUUUUGGUGAAGUGAUGAGGUCUGUUUAAGAUCUCAUUCUCAAACUGUCUGUGAUGGUCCACUUGGUUACCUCUGUCAGAAAUAUGAAUGCUUUUCAAACAGAAACAAUCAAAACAUACUUUUCUUUAAAUAUAUUUUAUUGUAAUAGCAUCAAAUCAAUAAAUGCAAUUAAGUAAAGCGC